AUGGUUGUGCAGCAGCGACAAUUGACGGAACAUUUACCCACUCACUUUGCGAUCCAGUCGAUUGUGAACCACAGAAUGCAACCGUUACGUGUGCUGCGUUCUCGGUCCCCCAUUCGCGCCAGAAUUCAAGCUUGUGCAACCGUUGGAUUAACCAGUGAUCAAAUCGUUGCUGAACGAAGCGCUUCUGCCAUGGAUGAUUACCUGAAGCUUGAAAAGCUCGGUGAAGGAACAUAUGGUGUUGUGUACAAAGCCCGACACAAGACGACGGGUAAGAUAGUUGCUCUGAAGAAAAUUAGACUGGAAAGCGAAGAUGAAGGUGUCCCUUCAACUGCGAUACGUGAAAUUUCUGUUCUCAAGGAACUACAACACCCGAACAUCGUACGGUUGUUGGACGUCCUUAUGCAAGAGAAGAAACUCUUUCUCGUGUUCGAGUUCCUGUCGAUGGAUUUGAAAAAAUAUUUGGACUUAUUGCCAAAAGACGGUGGUAUGGAUCCGGUUGUGAUCAAGUCAUACUGCUUUCAGUUGUUGCAAGCUCUGCUAUUCUGCCACAAGCGACGUAUACUGCACAGGGAUCUGAAGCCGCAGAAUCUUCUUAUAGACAAUUUGGGGACCAUAAAGAUGGCGGAUUUUGGACUCGCCCGCUGUGCUGGAGUUCCUCUACGUGUUUACACUCACGAAAUUGUCACCCUGUGGUAUAGAGCGCCUGAAGUCCUUCUAGGUUGCCCGCGAUAUAGUGAUGCCGUCGACAUCUGGUCCGUCGGCUGCAUCUUCGCCGAAAUGUUUCUGAAGAAACCUUUAUUCCAAGGAGAUGCUGAAAUCGAUCAGCUGUUCAGAAUUUUCAGAAUGCUGACCACACCAACUGAGGAAUCGUGGCCCGGAGUGACUUCUUUCCCCGACUACAAGGCUCACUUCCCCACUUGGACCGAAAAUACCCUUGAGAAGACACUAAGCAGCCGCAUGCCUCCUGCAGCCAUAGAUUUACUGAAGGAAACGCUUGUAUACAACCCUGUUCGGCGGAUUUCUGCGAAAGCUGCUUGUAAACAUCCGUAUUUCGCCGAUCUUGACAAGACGACGCUACCGGCUCCAAUUGAGGACCUUACUGACACCAAUGGUCUAAAGGCAGCAGUGGGCCAUGAUUGUGGAAUCCUCAACAACAUUCUCAGUAACAGCAACAUAUAA